GUAAAUUUUAGUGUUAGUGUUCUGUUGUGUACGUCAGUUGAGUUGUGAGAUACCUUCAGUGCUAUGCCUCCCAAAGCGUCUGGCAAGGCUGCAAAGAAGGCCGGUAAGGCGCAGAAGAAUAUUUCUAAAAGUGAUAAGAAGAAGAAGCGAAAGAGGAAGGAAAGUUAUGCCAUCUACAUCUAUAAAGUUUUGAAGCAGGUUCAUCCUGAUACUGGUAUCAGUUCGAAAGCUAUGAGCAUAAUGAAUAGCUUUGUUAAUGACAUCUUUGAACGAAUCGCGGCUGAGGCGUCUAGACUGGCCCAUUAUAACAAGAGAUCUACAAUAACUAGUAGGGAAAUUCAGACUGCUGUAAGGUUAUUGCUGCCCGGAGAGUUGGCGAAGCAUGCAGUCAGUGAGGGAACGAAGGCGGUUACAAAGUACACGAGCGCAAAGUAAUCAGAUAGUGACAAAAAAAAAACGGUCCUUUUCAG